CAAGCUUUGAAUUUUGAGUAGGGUGAAACCGCCAGCGACCAUGACAGCCACUCGGGAAGCGCCGGCUCCCACAGUCGACCCCCUUAACCCUAAGAUCUUGCGCUGGCCCGACAUCGGGCUCACGCUGAUUCUCGACUUCAUCAGCGAAGCCGAAGAAGCGGCCAUGAUCGAGGCCUUCUACGCCCGCGACCCGCUCACAAACACUAGCGACCAACGCAAUGGCCGGCGGCGCAUCAGCCAGCACUACGGUUACCACUUCGACUACACGACCUUUGGCGCCUCCGAGACGCACUUUACCCCGGUGCCCUCUUACAUCGAGGCCAUCCUGCCGCGCCUGCCCGUGCACGACUGCCUGCCGGACCAGUUCACCGUCCAGUACUACCCCCCCGGCAGCGGCAUCCCGCCGCACGUCGACACGCACUCGCUCUUUGCCGAGCCGCUGUACAGCCUGUCGUUCGGCAGCGCCGUGCCGAUGCAGUUCCGCCCGGUGGGGCCGAACGACGCGCGCAAGAUGCGCCUGCCGAAGCGGUCACUCCAGACCGCCCAAGCGCAGGAGGAGGAGGAGGAGGAGGAAAAGGCUCACAACAGUCGGGAGAGAACAGCGAUAACAACAACAACAACCACCGCCACCACUACCAUCACCACCAUCACAACCGCAACCACCGCCCCGGCGCAAAAAAGGGACAGCGACGACGACGACAAGGGCGAGGAACAGCAGGCAGCAUGGGACCUGCUGCUGCCGCCGCGCUCGCUGCUGCUGAUGACGGGCGCGUCGCGGUACGGGUACACGCACGCGAUCCGGCCGCGCAAGACCGACGUGGCCGCCGACGGCACGACCGUCGUGCCGCGCCGCGACCGCUACUCGGUCACCAUGCGCAAGGUGCGGCGCGGCGCCGAGGUCGGCUGCGCGUGCGCGUACCCGGGCGUGUGCGAUGCCCGGAUCCGGGCUGAGCGGGAGGCGGCGGAAAGAGAAGAAAAGGAAUUGGCAGAGAGUAAAUAGGUAAAAUAGACCACAGCUGUGUGACAUCAACCGGGUGCCCUACGUAUGUAGGUAGGGAGUACAACUAAAGAUAAUGCUUAUCCUAGUGUACUUCGACACUGUCAGCUGAAUUAGUCCCAACGCAAAUACCUAGGUAGUCUCUUUUCCUCAAUUAGGACUUCCCGC